AUGUCAUCACAAGAUAUCAUUCCAUCAUUACUACUAAAUCAAACAUUCAAAAGUUACAAAUCAAAUUCAUCACUUUCAUUAUCAUCUAAAUUAACAAGAAAACAAUUAGAGAAAUUUAGAAUUAAAUUGGCUAAAUUUUUAUAUCAACGAUAUCAACAAAAUUUGAGGAAUAAUGAUAGUUUGAUAAUUCAAUAUGAAUCAUUUAGAGAUAUAAUCCCUGAUUUGACUAUAAUUAAUGAUACUAUAAAUAAUAAUGAAUCAAGAUACAAGAUACAAUAUUUAAUAAUUAAAUUAGAAAAUAGUCGAUUGUUACCCCGUCAAAUUCUAUUAUUUGUAUCUAACCAGAAGGAAAAUGAUGAUGAUGAUAAUACUAAUGAGAGAGCAAACACAUUAGUGUUGAAUAGAAUGAGUGGGAUGAAUUAUCAAGUGAUAAAUGAUUAUAUUUUAGAAUUAUUAGAAGAUAUUAAUGAUUAUCCAUUAAUUAUUAAACCCAUAACAUUGGCUUCUUCCGUUAUCCCUGAUUUAAUCAAUAAAUUUCUGAAUCAAAUAGAAAAAUUAAACGAUUUGCAAUUAGUUUAUUCAAUCCCAUCUACAAGAUUAAGAAAUUUUAUCAUUGAUAUACCCAAAAAAGAUCUUGAUUUGUUACUACUAUCUCCGAAAACAUCAUCAAAUAAUCCAAAAUUAUAUAACGAUAUCUGCGAAUUUUUGUACAACACUACCAAAAUUAAAUUUAAUAAUUUGAUAAUUGAAAAAUUCAUAAAUAAUUUGAUUAAUAUAUCUAAUGAUGGUAAAUUUAAAUUACUUGUUAAUGAUUAUGAAUUAAUUUGGUAUUUAUUUGAAUCUAUUAAAUCCAACGUGUCACGUGUGUGA